AGGUUCGUCAAACAGUCACAAGCAAAACGUCAUCGAACGCGUAUCUUUUGUUGUUUUAAAUUGGGGAAACUCUGCGUAUCAUCUUUUUUUUUGCUCUAAUAAAAAUCUAAGGACUAAUAUGCAACAUAAUCCUUCUCAUUGGGGAAAGCCUCGCGCCGAAAAUACUGAUGAACACAACACUGUUCCUCUUUAUCAAACACUUCCACAAAACUUGACAGAGUCUGCUUAUGGACCAAUGGCAAGAACUCAAACCCCUUUGGUUACAGGUACCUCUAUUCUUGCUUUCAAGUACAGAGACGGUAUCAUGAUGGCAGCAGAUAUGCUUGGUUCAUAUGGAUCCUUGGCUCGUUUCCGUGACAUCAAGAGAUUAACUCCCGUUGGUAAUCACACUGUUGUUGGUGCAUCUGGUGAUAUUUCAGAUUAUCAAUACAUUCAACAUCUUUUGGAUUCACUCAUGGUAAAGGAGCAUUGUGCUGAUGACGGACACGUUUUAGGUACCCCCCAUAUCUACGAAUAUUUGUGGAGAGUCAUGUACAACAGAAGAUCCAAGUUCAAUCCUCUUUGGAAUUCUUUAGUUGUUGGUGGUAUUGAAAAGGGAGAAAAAUUCCUUGGUUAUGUCGAUUUAAGAGGUACCACUUAUCAAUCUACCACAAUUGCUACUGGAUUCGGUGCACAUUUAGCACAACCUAUUUUGAGAAGAAGAGUCGAAGGCAGAGAAGAUGAGUUAACUGAAGAGGAGGCUAUCGAAAUUAUGAACGAAUGUUUGCGUGUUUUGUUUUACAGAGAUGCUAGAUCUAUGAAUAAGUUCCAAAGAGCAAAGAUUACCGAAAGUGGAAUCGAAGUCACUGAACCUUAUGCUUUGGAUACUGAAUGGGGUUUCGCUGAACAAAUUAAGGGUUAUGGUGCUUGA